UUUGGCUCCGAGAGGGAACCCUCGCAAUAACACUGCACCUACGACACAAUGGGUUCCCAACGUAAGAGGCUAACCCACCGGGAUUACAGGAUAGGCUGGAUAUGUGCAUUGCCGAAAGAGCUCACCGUCGCGAUAGCCAUGUUAGACAAGGAGCACGAAAGGCUGUCGCCAGCAUCCGACCGGGAUGAUAACACAUAUGUCUUCGGCGAAAUAGGCAACCAUAACGUUGUGAUUGCCUGCAUGCCUAUGGGAAUGACAGGGAACGCACCUGCUGCCCUUGUAGCGAAGGACCUCUUACAUAGCUUCCGUCACCUCCAGUUUUAUCUGAUGGUGGGCAUCGGUGGCGGUGCACCGCAGGAACAUAACGACAUCCGACUGGGAGACGUCGUCGUGAGUGCUCCAACGGGACAGCAUGGAGGUGUUGUCCAGUAUGAUUAUGGGAAAUCUGUGGCGGAUGGUGUAUUUCAUCGAACUGGAACACUCAAUCGGCCACCCAGCGCCCUCCUCUCGACGCUCAGUUAUUUGAGGUCCAGCUACGAACUGCUAGGGCGGCCAAACUUCCUAAGGCAUCUUUCAGCAGCCAGAGCUCGCUAUCCCCAUCGUGCUGCUACCUUUUCCUAUCCUAGUGAAUUAUCCGAUACCUUGUUCAAAGCCGAUUACGAUCAUGUGAGGCCUCUUCAACCUUGUAAAGCAGGAUGCGAUCAUAGACGGAUUGUGCGACGAGCUCCUCGACCAAACAACGAUCCCAGCGUAUUUUUUGGAAAUAUUGCAUCGGCGAACCAAGUGAUGCGCCACGGGCUGACUCGGGAUAGAAUCGCCCGGGAGCACAAUGUACUUUGUUUCGAGAUGGAGGCCGCUGGUUUGAUGGAUCAGUUUUCCUGUCUCGUCAUUCGUGGAAUUUCAGAUUACGCCGAUACACACAAGAACGAUGAAUGGCAGGAUUAUGCCAGUGCAGUCUCUGCUGCAUUUGCGAAAGAUCUUCUUCUGGUUACCCCUGCAAGAGCUCUGAGUGGUGAGCUAUCUCUUCAAUUGGACACAGACAGCCUACAUUCCGACACGCCUCCUGCAGAUGUGCAUGAUGAUGAGGACUUUGCUGAAGAGGAUCUUAGUGAAGAGGACGUUGAUGAAGAGGACGUCGAUAAAGAGGAUCUUAAUGAAGAGGGCGCCGAUGAAGAGGAUCUUAGUGAAGAGGACGUUGAUGAAGAGGAUCUUAAUGAAGAAGAUCUUAGUGAAGAGGACGUUGAUGAAGAGGAUCUUAAUGAAGAGGAUCUUAAUGAAGAGGACGUUGAUGAAGAGGAUCUUAAUGAAGAGGACGUCGAUGAAGAGGAGCUUGAAAGACAAAGCAACAAAGCCAGAAGCAAUUUCAGCCCUAAGCUUCUCCCCUUUUCAUCGACAGCGAAUACCACUCAAACUACAGCCAGUAGUCCCUCCCAAUCACAGGACUCUCCUCAUUCGUUUGUUGUUAGAAUGAAACUAGACAAGCCUCCCGCUGGGAGAUGGCUUGGCUUUGAUCGCAAUGAGGCAUUUCUGCGGAUGCUGACCGCUGAAAUUCCAGUUGAGCUUGACCCAGAUGUAAGGUUCCAGCUAUCAAGAAUAAUGGAGCAACCGCCUGUUCAUAAAGCUGGGGUAGUCUACAUAUGUGAUGUUCAAUAUGAGCUACGGAGAAACUCGGACACCAGGCUCAUUAUGAUUGGGGUUACAUCUGACAUCAACAAGCGCUUGAAGGCUCAUUUCCACAGAUGUGCUUACACUAGGCUUCGACUAAUCACUUCCUAUCCGCGGUCAAAGCUGGAAUCGGAUACACACAAACAAAUCCGAAAUCGUUAUCAAGUAGAGAGUCUAGUUCAUAGAACGCUGGGGGGAUUCAGGUAUGACAAGCAGUGUGGGUGUGGCAAGAAUCAUAAGGGGCUAUUUGAAAUUAGUGAGCAUGAAAUAGUAUAUAUUCUAGAUAUCGUCGAACAUUGGGUUUCCUGGAGUGAACGGAAACUUGGCCAUGCCUUGAUUCCUCAUGGCGCAUGAUAGUC